AUAGGAGGAAGUUAUUUUCUCGAGGGCUUGUCCACUCUGGUUUCAAAGUUUGUUAGAUGAUGGAUAUCAACAUUGGCGAGCUUCACAGAAAGAGAGAUGCUUCAGAGACUUUGACUACAGCUCAAUCUCAAGCUCCUUGCAGUGACCGUCCGAUGUUUUGGACUAUAUGUCCAUUCUGUACUGUUAGGUACAGAUCCUAUAGAAGCCUUCUCAACAAACCAUCCCGGUGUCAAUCUUGCUACACGAAAUUCUUUGCGGGCGAAACCCUUGUUAAAAGGGCUACGCCAGGGGAAAAAGCAAGUCAGACAACUUUGUCUACUAUGGAGAAAAGUGCGUUGAGUCAAAACCUUGUUACUAGGAGCAAAUUGGUUGCAUCGACACCUAAGAACCAGCUUCAGCUGCAUAGAGCUCACCAACCUCAGACAGCUCCAGUAAGUUUCCGCCCGAGAUUUUGUGCUAUGUGUCCAUUCUGUGAGUAUAAGUAUCGUUUUCUGAGAAAGUAUAUCAACAAAUGGCUCAAUUGUCAGAUUUGCCAGAAGAAGUUUCAUGCUGUUGAAGUGAAUUUCUCCUUGCUCCAACCGAAAACAGUCCCAAGUAAGAAUCCAGGCACACAUUUGUCUAGAGAGGAAAGUUCCUCAGGGUUGAGCUAUGGUGAGAAGAGACAGAGGAAUGAGUAUGGUGAUAUUUCCAAUACUGCAAAUUGCAGCAACUCUGAAGAUGUUAUUGUAAAUCUAAGUAAAAAUUGCAGUAGAAGAGUGUCAGCUGAUAAUGGAGAUACAAGAGAAGAUUCUAGAAGCAAAAAGCAACUCCAUGAGGUUGACCUUUGCAAAGAAACAUUGCCAAAUGUCAUGAACAGGAAUGGUCAGCUAAAGAGGAAACAAUAUGCUCAAGUGAGAGCUGCAAUGGGGAUCGCUCAGAAUAUCGAGGCAGAUAAAAACUCUGGUUUUUGUGAUACAAGUUCAGAAGUUGUAGUACAGCCGAAGACUUCUGAAUGUGCUGGUCCAAUGUUUAACGACAUUAGGGGUGAUUUUCUUGUGUCGACACCCAAGAAUCAGCACGACAAAGCUCAAGCUUUCUCCUUGCAACAACAGAAUAAAGUUCCAAGUAAGAAUCCAGGCACCCAUUUCUUUGGAAAUGAAAGUUCUCCAGGUUUGAGCUGCGCUGUGAAGUUUGGUGAGAAGAGAAAGAGGAACGAGAAUGGUGAAAAUUGCAAUACUGAAAAUCACAGCAAGUUGGAAGAUGUUAUUGGCAGUGCUGUACACAAUAAUAGAAGAGGAAUCAAUGAUAAUGGAGAUGCAGGAAGGCUAGAAGCGUCGGGAUGGGGGAAGAAACUUCAUGAAGUUGAUCGUUCUGAUGAAAUAUUGCCAAAUGUCAUAAAGACGAAAAAGAGGUUGAAUAAAAACCAAUAUGCUUUGGGGAGCUCUGGUUUAUAUGAUCCAGGUUCAGGAAAGAAUCCAGACACAGAUUUCUCUGGAAAGGUAAGUUCCCCAGAUUUGUGCUGUGCUAUGAAUGUUGAUGAGAAGGCAAAGUGGGAUGAGUAUUGUGAAAUUUUCAAUACUGAAAGUUGGAGCAAGUCCGAAGAUGUUAUCGUAAAUCUAAGUAAAGAUGGCAAUGGAAGACUGUCGGAAGAUAAUGGAGUUGCAGGAGAAGAGUCUGGAAGCGGAAAGCAACUCCAUGAGAUUCAUCUUUGCAAAGAAACAUUGCCAAAUGCCAUGAAUAGGAAUGGUCAGCUGAAUAUGACCCAAGAUGCUCAAUUGGGGGCUGCAAUGGGGUUCUCUCACAAUCUCGCGGCAGCUAAAGACUCUGGUUUUUGUGAUACAAGUUCAGAAGUUGUAGUGCAACCAAAGACUUCUGAAUGUGCUGGUCUAAAGAUCAAUGACUUCGAUAAACUGAGGGAAGAAGUAAAAUUUGCAGUUGGCCAGGCCUGGGCUCUUAAUGAUACAGAUGGGAUGCCUCGAUUGUAUGCUUUGAUCAGAAAAGUUUCAGCUCCUUGUUUUGGGCUUAGGAUCACAUAUCUAGAGCCAGAUCCAGGUAAUGAGAAAGAGAUCCAAUGGUUUGAAGAAAACUUGCCUGUUUCUGUUGGUAACUUCAGGCUUGGGAAAAAUCUGAACACAAAAGAUCGUUCCAUAUUCUCUCAUAGUGCCGUAUGCAGUGAAGGAAGCACUGGUCAUAUUGUUGUCAUCCCAAGAAAAGGCGAGACUUGGGCAUUGUUCAAGAACUGGGAUAUUAACUGGUCUUCAGAGCCAGAUUCUCACCGCAAAUCUGAGUAUGAAUUUGUCGAAAUUUUGUCAGAUUACACUGAUGGAGCUGGUGUAUCUGUUGCGUUCUUGCAUAAAGCAAAAGGCUUUGCAAGUGUAUUCUUUCGAUUGGGAACUAGUAAUGCAGACAUAUCGCAGAUUCUUCCUCACAGUUUAUAUCGGUUCUCCCAUAGGAUUCCUUCCUUCAACCUGACUGGAAUUGCAGGAAAAGGUAUGCCAAAAGAUGCUUACGAGCUGGACCAAGCUCUAUUACCUGAAACAAUCGAUGAGAUAAUCGUCCCUCCACAUCUAUUAGCAGAGCCUAAACCAGAAGCUCUCUACUUUCCUCGUGAGGGAAAGGUUUUCCAAACUGGCCAGAUCUGGUCAUUUUACUAUGGUAACGUUAACUUGCCUCUAUACUACUGUAGGAUUCAAAGGAUCACUUUAACUCAGGCAUUCGAGCAGGAAGCAGAAUUUAAACUAUCUGUAAGUCGGUUAAAGACUAAUCCUUUCCCUGAGGAUGUCAUUCAGUGGGAGGACAAGAGAAUGCCUGUUGGUUGUGGAACUUUCUCGGUGAGGAAAUGUUUCGAAGUACUCACUCCAGAUGAUGUUUUACAUCAGAUAGUGCCUCAAACCUCCGUGGAUGGAAAUGAUUAUACCAUUCUUCCCAAGAUUGGGGAUGUUUGGGCCAUAUACAGAUUCUGGACUUGUCACAAGGAGUUCAAGGACAUUGGUUCCUGCAGCUAUGACAUUGUCGAAGUUCUUGAUGACACCAUGGACUAUAAGGUUUUAGCAUUGGAGGCCACGAUGUUUUCUAAUGAAGAGGAAGAUAUAAAUACAUUCUUCAAAGCAGCUGAGAGUAGGCAUCCUGAUUGUGACGAUGAGGAUGGGUCAGAAGUGAUAUUUACAAUCCCCAAGUCAAAAAUGCUAAGAUUCUCGCAUCAGAUUCCUGCUUCCCGAGUAACCAAGGAGAUAGAUGGAGAUUUGAAAGAGUUUUUUGAAGUUGAUCCUAAAGCAUUACCUACAAACGUGAGGAGUACUGGAACUUACUUAGAAUUUCUCAAUGGUUUAAAAGCAUGUGCUACUUUUGUUGGGGAUACCUGUUCAAACGAGCUUUUUAGAAGGAAAGGUGUUUCAGAGACUUUGAUGACAGGGACUUCUUCUGACGGUGCUGCAACAUUAUCAUCAGCUUGUGCUGUGUGUGUUGGCGAGAAGAGAAAGAGGAACAAGUAUAGUGAUAGUUGCAAUGAUAGAAAUCACGGUCCUGUAAGUAACAAUAGAAGAGGAUCUAAUGAUAAUGGAGAUACAGAAAGGGGAGAAGAGUCGGUACAAAUACAACCAAAGAUUUCUGAAUCUGUUGGUCCAAAGUUUAACGACUUUGGUAAGCUGAGGGAAGAAGUAAACUUUGCAGUUGGUCAGACCUGGGCUCUGUAUGAUACAACUGGGAUGCCUAGAUUGUAUGCUCAGAUCAGGAAAGUUUCAGCUCCUUGUUUUGGUCUUAGGAUUACAUAUCUAGAGCCAGAUCCAAAUGGUGAGAAAGAGCUCCAAUGGUUUGAAGAAGACUUGCCUGUUUCUGUUGGUAUGUUCAGGCUUGGGGAAAAUAAGAGCACACAAGAUCGGUCAAUAUUUUCACAUGUUAUUCAUUGCAGUGAACGAAGCAACACUCUUUGUUUCAGCGUCACAUGUCGUUUCAUCAACACUUGUCAUUUUAGUGUAUCCCCUAGAAAAGGCGAGACUUGGGCGCUUUUCAAGAACUGGGAUAUUAAGUGGUCUUCAGAGCCAGAUUCUCACCGCAAAUUUGAGUAUGAUAUUGUCGAGGUUCUGUCAGAUUACGCGGAUGAAGGUGGUGUAUAUGUUGCAUACUUGCAUAAAGCAAAAGGAUUUGCUAGUGUGUUCUUCCGAACAGGAACUGGUUAUGAAGGUAUAUUUCGUAUUUUACCUCACAGUUUGUAUCGGUUCUCUCAUAGGAUUCCUUCCUUCAAACUGACUGGAGUCGAAGGAAAAGGUGUGCCAAAGGAUGCUUACGAACUGGACCAAGCUGCCUUACCAGAAACAAUCGAAGAGAUCAUCGUGCCGUCAAACUCUGAGAGUGAUUUAAAGUCUAAACGCCAAGCCAUCUACUUUGCUAGGAAGGGGAAGGUUUUUCAAAUUGGCCAGAUUUGGUCAUUUUGCGGUCUUUAUCAAGAGUUUCCUCUGUACUACGGUAGGAUUCAGAAGAUCACUUUUACUCAGGUACACGAGCAGAAGGCAGUAUAUAAAUUACAUGUAAGUCCUUUAAAGGCUACUCGUUUUCCUUUGGAUGUGAUCGAGUAUGAAGACAAGAAGAUGCCUGUUGGUUGUGGAACUUUCUACGCUAGAAAAGCUCUCGAAAUAAUCAGUCCAGAUGAUGUUUCACAACAGAUAGUGCCUCAAACCUCCAUGGAUGGAAAUGAAUAUACCAUUCUGCCUAAGAUUGGGGAAGUUUGGGUGAUAUACAGAUUCUGGAGUGAAUACAGGGAAUUCGACAAGGUUGGUUUAUGCAGCUAUGAUAUUGUUGAAAUUCUUGACGACACAUUGGACUAUAAGGUCCAACUGCUGGAGCGCCACCACGGUCCUGAUGAAUAUGAAGAUGAAGAUGAAUAUGAAGAUGAUAAGUUGCUCUCCCGUUUACUCAGAAAGAAAAAAAAGUUCUUUACAGAAGUCACGGAGUAUAAGGAUAAUGAAAUUGAUGGGUCGGAACCAAUAUUUACGAUCACAAAGUCGGAAAGGCUCAGAUUCUCGCAUAAGGUUCCUGCUUUCCGCGUAACCAAACAGAUAUACGGAGGAGAGAUAAAAGACCUUAUAGAAGUUGAAUCAAAAGCAUUACCUGAUCAUAUGUCCUGAUCAAACGGUUUGGGGUAUGGUUCCAUUUUGCGUUCUAGGGAUGGGGAGGUCUUCAUAUCAUUGAGCAAAGAAUGCUGAGGGAAGCCAAUGAUUCCUUUUUGUUAGCUUAACCUGAUUACAUGAGGUUUCCACACCAUUUGGUGCAUUUUGCCGGGUUUGUUUUCUCGUUAAGACUUUCUCUAUGAUGUAAGAAUGUUCUUCUUAUUCUUCUAUGGAUAUGAAACAGCAGGUAUUUGCCGCUUGGUCUGAAAUUCUAUCUCAA